AUGGGAGAGUUCUGCCUGGCGCACUCGGGCUUGCUGCGAGGGAAGAGGGUGCUCGAGCUCGGCGCGGGGAUCGGCAUGACCGGCAUGGCUGUGGCCGCUUCUUGCGGAGCGGCGGAGGUUGUCCUGACGGACUACGCGCCCAGAGUGCUCGCUAACCUUCACCACAACGUGGAAAUCAACCGCGCGCUGCUGGGAGCUGGCGACGGUCGGAGCAACGGUGACAACGACAAACCUUCAACAACACCUUGGGGCGUGUCCGUCCGGUUUCUCGACUGGACGGACUACUGCCGCCACAACGCCUCCUCCGUAUCGCCAGCCGGCGGCGGCGGCGGCGGAGGCGUUCGGGCCGACGCAACGAGCGGCGGAACUGCCGACGGCUCGCGACCUGACGAGGACGACGAUCGCGGCGGUAGGUGUCUAGGAGGUGGCUGCUCCUGCACGGCGGCGGCGGCGGUGGGAAGUGGAGAACGGUGGGCGAGAUAUACCGGGACUCGACGAGUCAAUGAGUGCGGGGGCGGUGAGAGCGAUUCGCUGGGUACGCCGGAGGUGGUUCUGGCUGCGGACGUUGUGUACGACGUAAAGUAUCACUCCGCGCUCGUUGGAGUGGUGGUAGAGACGCUGCGGAGAUGCCCCGACGCCCUCAUCGUGUUCGCGUCUACGCUUCGCAACUCCGAGACAAUGGCAGCGUUUCACCGGUGCCUCGAAGACGCCGGGGUCGCAUGGCAAGGCGUGGGUUUCCCUUCCUCAGAGGAGGCGUUGGCGAGCGAAUCGGAAAAGUCGCCGCCGUUUCGAGAAAGGGUGCGAGGGGAGCCCGUGUCGAGCGGUAGCAGCCGCCGCCAAGCGGCUCUGCGGGGAUCGAGUGGUGCGGACUCGACAAAACUGUUGUGGUGUCACCCAGGAGACUUGGAGCGGGUGAAGUUUUGCGUGUGCGGGCGGGGGCGAGGGCUUGUCGAGCCCGUAUAGGGAAUGUCUGAUUGUAUUUCCAUGCAUCGGUGAGGGAGCCAGGGUUCAGCACCUUCCUUACAGGAGCUGUAUAGACGUAGGGCAGUCUGACUGCUGCUCGUCUGUUCGUUUUUCCAUGGAAUCCAGUAUCCAACCUCACCAGCUGCACAGGCACGGUCACCCACAUGGCUGGGCGUGGUAAGAAGCUGGAGCCUGGAGGACGUUUUCGCACAAUAAUUGACGUGGAGUUGGAUAUUGGAAAUACGAAUUAUGCGCGUCCACGAACUGCGGCGCGCUGCUCUUUUCUCGAACCUUUGCUGCUUGCUCGAGUACCGUCGGCCACGCUUGGUACUCCACGUCGCACAUGUCGGGAGAGAACACAAGCCUGCGUUUGUGGACUGUUGAACUAUGUGCUUCAAUGUAGGCCUUGGCUCGGUAGAGUUAUGGGGGUGAUCAGUGGCGUUCAAUGAAGACUCGGUCCCAGACCACCCUGCAGAUGUUCAAUGUGCCACGCGUCACGAGCAACUCGAAGAACACCCGGGGUCAAGGCCGCCGUAGCGGUCUCCCGACUCCCAGACAAAGGGACAGCGGCCAGGCCGUGAAAUUUGUUGGUGCUCUGGUGAUGGUAGCAUGGCUGCUGCCUCUUCCUUCUGAGGGGGGAGGCGAUGAUCUGGCCUUCUCCCCCUCCAGCGUUGUGAUCGCGAGCCUGGCACAUGUUCGUCUACCGGGUCGCCUGCAACAGUGGAGUCUCUGUCGGGCGUGAGUGGCAAUUUCCCUAACUUUGUUGAAUCAGGGUUCUCACGAUAGGGCGUCUUGUCCCUUCACCAGCGAAGGACGAUUUUCUCCCGCGAGAGGUGGUGAGGAAGGUGUAC